AUAGAAGGGUUCGUGUACUCAAAUACCGGUAUAUUUUAUAUUUGGUUUCUGGUACGCCAGACAGUUAAAAUUAAAACCUUGAUGAAGAAAUUGACAUGACAGACCAGGACAAAAAAGUCACCCCUAAGCACACAGUCCAAACUCGGAUCGUUUUCCUUAAGUUAAGCGACAUUGACACUGUCAAAGAGCAGUUUGCUGCUGAAGUUUUCAUCGAAAGCAGAUGGCCAGAAAAAUCUCUGGAUCAUGGAAAGGAAAAUGACAACUUAGAUUUUUCCAAAUACUGGAAUCCCAAACUCCUUGUUCAAAACGUCACCUCUGCAACGAAAGACAAAGUCUGGAAAAAGUUGGAAUACGGGAAAAAUGGAGAAGCGUUCAUUGUAGAAAAAAGAAGAAUUAAGGGAAUAUUCACUGAGAACUUGGAACUCCAGGAUUUUCCAUUUGAUCUUCAGGAUCUGAGUAUCGUACUGACGUCAGAGCUGCCUUUGGAGGAGCUUGAGAUAAUAGAGGACGAUGAACACCUCAGUUCCAUCAUCGUGUCAUGCUUUGUGGACGAACAGGAAUGGGAACUUCGGGAGUUUGUGGAAUCAGAAACAAGAACGGUGUCGAAGGAGUUUACAGGAUCCAAAAACGUGGUCUAUCCAUUUCUUGUGUUUAAAACUCUGGCCAUGAGACGAGCGGGGUUCUUUGUAUGGAACAUCAUUAUAAUAAUGACAAUUAUCAGUUCUCUGUCUUUCGCCACAUUUGCUGUUGAUAGGGAUUUACCACAAAACCGACUCCAGCUUGCCUUCACUUUGACCCUAACAGGGGUCACAUUUAGAUUUGUAACCAAUCAGCAACUUCCUAAGAUAUCGUACUUGACAAGACUGGACAAGUACAUCCUUUAUUGUAUGGUUUUUAACUAUCUGGUCACCGCUUGGCACGCCAUAGUAACGUUGAUCCCGGACAACGGCACCCAAUCCGACUGUGAUCUUUACUUCUUCAUUGGUUUCGUGGUGUUCUAUGCUUUGUUUCACGUUUUCUUUUAUGCUGCAUCACUUAAAACUAGAACGGUGUACAUUCGAAUGGUGUUUAUUCGUAUGGAUAAUGUCGAAACCCUGAAAGAACAGUUCGAUGGUGAUGUGUACUUCCGGGCCAGAUGGCGGGAACCCAAACUAGAUAACGUUAAGGUAAACCAGCCAGUGAACCACAGAGACUUUUGGAACCCUGACCUGACCAUCAGAAACAAGGUGUCGGAAAAACACUCCGAAACUUGGUAUGAGAUUCUGAACGUGGACGGAGAAGCGUAUUUAGUGCAGAAAUCCAGACAGAAUGGUACAUUUACGGAGAAAUUAGAACUCCACGACUUUCCGUUUGAUUCACAAGACUUGAAUAUCUGCUUCGCAUCAUCACUGCCCACUUCUGAGGUCGAGCUGGUGGAGGAUAGAGACAAUCCUAGCGAGAUAGGCGUGUCCUGCUACAUACACGCCCAAGAAUGGGAUCUCGAGCCAUACGUGGAGUCGGAGGUCACACUGGCCGCCAAUGAAGAAGAUUACAGUCCCGCACUUCAAAUUCGAGGACUGGCCAGCAGAAAAUAUUCCUUCUUCUUAUGGAAUAUCAUUAUCAUCAUGACUUUGAUCGGAUCUCUUCCUUUGACCACAUUUGCAAUUAACCGUAAUAACCCACAACGCCGUCUGUUGCUUGGUUUCAUCUUAGCUUUGACUGGAGUCGCCUUCCGAUUUAUGGCCAACCAGAGCAUACCCAAGAUACCGUACCAAACUCUACUAGAUAAGUACUUGUUAAUCAGCAUGAUGUUUAAUUACUUGGUCAGUAUUUGGCACAUCAUUGUCUCGCGAUUUGAUGAUGACCGAGAUACACAAAGCACCAUGGAUCUCUGGGCCUUCGUCGCAACAGUUAUCCUAUACAUCGCGUAUCAAAUCACGUUUAUGAUCAUCGUAGCCAUUAAGCUUUUCCUCAAAAAGAGAAGAAUUGAUGAAAAGAUUAAGAUUUACCAGAAGAGUUUACAAGACGCAAGCAAAUCAUCUGAACCUGUAAAAAAUCCAAUUAAGUUACACAGACUACAGAAAAGACAAACGGUGGCGAAGUUCUCGCAUCUUAUUCUGAAAUCAUCUGAUGGAAAGGAAAAAUCAGAGUAGACAGAACGGUUUCCAGGUUGCAAUGCUGAACACCUCGUAUCAAUUUUUAAAAUAUUCACGUUUACCGAUGUCUUUUUCUUCUUCCAGUAAUAAAUCCUCGGAAGUUUCA